AUGGCAUCAUCGCCAAAUCAUGGGCUGGGCCCCGCAGUCCAGGGGUCGCUCAAGAAGAUCGGCGAUACGCGGCCGGAUAGGCCCUCCACGAUCACAAUCACCGCCAGCGCAACAACGGUCUUUGUCUCGCCGUCCCAUCCGCAGCCUACGCAAUGCUGGCUGGGCUCAAUUUGGGGCGGCGCAGAGCUUAGGAAGGUCAACAAAGGGUAUAUGGUGCAAAUGAGCUUCGCUCUGAGCCAGUCGGACCUCGGGAGGAAGGGCCUCAUCACUGAUUACGACCUUGUGGGGCUGCGGAGCAUUUUCCUAUGCGGUGAUUCCAUGUCACCAGGUGAGUUGCAGAUCCUUUAUGUUUGCAAAAAUGCUUACGUUUUUGAUGGAGAGAAUAUUACUUGUGAUGAGAAUGGGAACAUCUAG